GAGAGAGGGAGAGGGAGAGGGAGAGAGAGGGAGGACGAGCGGGUGGGUGCUGUGAAAUCCGUUAACAGGGGAGCUCUGUGCAUUUGUUAGACGUCUUGGCCGCUUGCCCAACUUGGCUCAUUGUAAUCGAGGCAUGAUCGUCGACUCCAGGCAGCCCUCUCUGCCGCCUCGGCUGCCUUGCGCCUGGACCCAGCCCAGCUCUUACCGCUGACAUGGAAAGACCCACCUCCAGUGACAUGAUGCCCAAGAGGGAUCAAGAGAGGGACCUGGAGCUGGACAAGAAGAUCGAGGCUCUCCGCAGGAAGAACGAAGCGCUCAUGAAGAGGUACAAGGAGGUGGAGGAGGACAGGAAACGGGCAGAAGAGGAAGGGAUGGCGCUGCAGAGCCGAAAGGGCAAAGCUGAUGAUCUUACCAUCACGAUCAGCAAGUCCACCAGCGAUAGUCGUGUGGUGGUGACAAAGCCUCACAGCAGCGGCUCACCGGCUGGGAAAGGACAGCAGGAGGGUGGGCCUGACAGAGCGGGAGAUGGCCCUCCACAGGGGGCAGGACGAGGCCACAGGAAGCAGCUAACGGUCACCAUGGCUGGCAAAAAGGGUAAGAGGGUGGUGAGCGAGAAGCCAGAGAAGAGGCCGGGCCCUGCAGACGUCAAGAGCCCGACCGAUGACGGACAGGCGAGGCGUGUGGAGUCAGCGGGGAGGGGGAAGCAGCCGUCUCACAUGACCAAGAGAGAAGCAGCAGCAGCAGCAGCACAGGAUGAGGUUAAACAGGGGCAGAAGCACACCGAGGAGCAUCUCAGAGCGUCAGAACAAUGCCAGGAGCCUGAGAACCCGCAGGCAAGCACAGACCUCAACAUCCCCACAUCGAGGGAGGAGCAGGAGGAGUAUCUGCGGUGGAAGAAAGAGCGCGAGCAGAUUGACAGGGAAAGGGUGGCGCGCCAUAAAAACGCUAAGGGCCAGUGGAGACGGGCGUGGGACAUGGACAAAACUGAGAACAUGUUUUCAGACAAAUCCCUCCCUGACAGAGACUGGGGUCCUUCCAGCCGAGGUGGAAGAAAUGCUAGAAGAGGACAACCCAGGUCAGGCGGUGACUCAAGAGGUCACGACAAGCGAGGCAAAGACAAGGGAGCUAAAAACGUGCUGGUGAUGAGCAGCAAAGCAAAAGGCAAGGAUCGUCUGACCGGGAGGGCCAGGAGAUGGCAGGCAAACGAUGACGGAGAGAACCCGCAGACUUCUGACACAACGCUGGAGGAAUUCCUGGAGGAACUCGACGCCCUCACAGAUGCCGACUUGGAGGAUCUGAAAGAUCAGGACACGAAAACGAAGCUGUCAUCCAGCCCAGACUCGCUGCCUGAGGAAGUGAGCGGAGACCCGGUGUCGGCUUCCAGCUCGAGAGAGGACACCCCGACUCAGGGGAAGGCCGAGGCCUCGUCCCCUCGGGGUUCGGAGAAGAAAGUGCGCUUCUCAGAGGAACUCAUCCAAGGGGCUCACGCAAGGCAAGCAGCUCAAGACUCAGAAUCCAGAAAUCCGAGCUCUUUAAAAGCUUACUCGCCGAAAAAGCUCAAGCAUGAAGAACAGGGGCAGCCUCUUGAAAGUGCCAAGCAGGAUGAUGGUAGUCCUCAGGAUAAAGGCGGUGGUCCAUCUGCUCCUCCUGUUACCCAGCAGCAGGCUACUGAGACUGAAUGCACUAAAAAGGACAGCAAUCCCCCCACAGCUCCCAGCUCCCCUCCUGCUGAAAAAGCCUGCUCCUCUCUACACGAGACCUCUGUCCAGCCUGUGGAGCUCGCCAAGUGCAACAUCAGCAACACGAACACAGAGGAACUAAUAGACUCCGGCUUGUCCGUCCUGAGCCUGGAGUCAGGAGAAACGCACCCGACACACUCCACCAGCAGCGACAAGGCGAGAGAGCAUGGGAAGAUUGUUUGAUUUUUUUGGGGAUGUAAAUACCGAAACCAAAACACAGCAUUUGGAUGCAUUAUCUUGCUUCAGGUAGCUCAUUUGAGAUACCACCGCUUACAGCUUAUGAGCAAAAACCAUGGUUUCAUUUUUUUUGCUGUGUCCCACCUGUGGAAGUUUUAGCUCCAAUUCGACAUAGGAAUGGCGAGGAGUGUCCCCCCUCCGGACAUGUCCCCCCGCUCGAAUAUUUUUUACAUCCAAGCACUUUAUGAGUAUAAAAGUCUGUGUACUGACACAUCCUUCAGUAUGUUAGUAUGCUGCUUGAGUGCAAUAUCAUUGAAUGUUUACAUUUGUAUGAAGAUUUCAAGGUACAUAUCAGGAGGCUAGCUAACCCCUUUCACUUAGGUAGCCCUUGACAAUAAACUAAGCCACAGUCAAAUUUUCUAGUGCCUGAUUCUGCCUUAGAGGUUUUUUGAAUAAGUGAAAAAAAAAACAAAAAAAAAGUCUGUAUCAUAUGACGAUACAUUAGUCGCAGACCAGCAGUAGAGUCUGUGUUUCUACGCUCUAAACUGUGUGAGUAGAUGUUAUUUAUUAACCGCUUCCAGCAUCAGUCAAUGGCCUUUCACAAAUAAGAAAUCAAUACCUUGUUAAAGCGCACAUUUGGAGCUUAUUGUCUUUGGCUAAUGACCAGGACACUGUUUCCAAAGUUUUCAAAAAAUGUGACUACUGACGUAAAUGUUUUCUGUUUUUAAGGAAUUUAAAGGGGCACUCUGAUGAUUUUACAUAUCGGGCUCAGUUUACUCCUGUUGGUCAGUGCUGCUGUGUCGUGUCUUCUGUGGCUCUGAAGGAACUUUAUCAAGUUAAAAGAUGUCCUUCAAACAAGGUUAUAUGGAUUUGGAGAUUGUAGAUUUCUAACCUGGGAGCUGGCGUUUACCAGGCAGAGAGGGUUUAGUGAAGAAGGGCUGUUAAGUAAAGGCUUUAUAGGCAAGUCUCACCACUCGAGAACCAAACCUGCAAUGUCAAGCUGCAUGUCUAGAUGUUGAUUUCGUCACAAAAUUAAGUACAAACAGGUUUUUCCCACAAGUUACGCUUCAACUACGCAUGCAUACAGCUUCAAGACACUGAUGUUCCUCCGGUCAGCUGUUAUAAAGCAUAUAAUUGACUUUUGGGAGGGCCGUCUUUGGCGUUAGAGACUUCUCCCAUUGAUUUUUAUUUAGCAUUGAAUGAAUCCUAAAUGGAAAUCGAUGGCCGGCUGCAUUAUAAGCCCCGAUUGUUGCAUUAUGUGCAUCAUGUAACUCACCGGAGUGCCCCUUUGAUAUUAAGCUAAAGCAUCAGCUAAAAAAAAUACUGCUGUUCAGAGAGACAUCAUAACAAAUGAUCAAUAACACCACAUAACUAAUAUCUUGACACACUGCUGUCUUAAAGUCCGCACGGUUUUACAGCUGAAUCCCAGUUAUCUGGUCUUCCUCAGACUCCUAUUAUGCCGUGUUUUAGGCACUUAAUACGGAUUUAGCUUCUUUGAUAUUACAAAUUUAGGACAUGAAAGUCAAGCUUGUGAAUCAAAAACCAAUCGGGUAAGUAAAAUAGUGUUUUUUAAAUGGUUUGCAUGUGCUGUUUUCUAGCAAACAGUCAUGAGAGUCCCGGUACAGAAGCGUGUUUUUUUUAGCCUCAGAGGGACUGACUAACUUGGGUCAUCCAGGUCGGCGAGAGUUCAGCCCUUUGCUGGGAUUCAGCUGUAAUUCCCUUUCUGGUGUUUUCAUUUGUUCCGUAUUACAAUCAUGAAAGACAGCUAAUAUUGUCAAGACAGCUUCCCUUAAUUAAGAACUUAGCCAGUUGUUGUGCCUUGCAUAUUGGCUUCUUCAAAUAUUGAAGGUGUACCUUAAUUUCGUGGUUUGUAUCAUAACUGUUUCAUGUACUGUGCCGACAGCGCAGCCUCGUUUCUUUUUAUUUAUUUGCCUCUCCGUUUGGACAAACAGAAUGUUACCUAGAAUGAGUUUGCAAUUCUAAAACUAUUUUGAAACGAUGUCUUGUGUUUCUCUGUGCCAUGUACGGUUUUAUUUAUUGCCUCUGAUGUUUUAUUUCUUUUGGUAUCAAGUGACGACUAUAAUAAGACGCCUUACAAGAAGAAGAACUCUGUCCUCAAAGAAGUUUUUGGCUUUCGUCAACGCUACAGUAUAGUAAACAGUUAUGUAACCGUUUAGUAGAGAACACAGUGGACAUGCUCGGAGCUGCAGGGUUCUGUCAGCUUCAACUGUGGUUACAUAAAAUACAAGUAAUCAGGAAACUAUCGGAAGCACACUGGGGGGAAAAACGAAGCAGCAAACCCGACGUUCGAAGCCAAUCCAUCCAUUAAGAGAGCAAAACGUGCGAGUAGGGGCCUUAUUCUGUAUUAUACGUGGAUGGUGAAUGAGUGAUGAAGGAAACAUCUGUUUGAAAAACAGGUCAUCGAUUACCUCUGAAGUAUUUAAAACUCCCUGUGGGAUUCAAUUUAGUAAAAUGAAAUUUAGGACCUACAAUCAUUGAGAAGUUGUACGUUACGUGUCCUCGUUUAGUACGUGUUUGUUUAGCUGUUAGACAUCUGCAUGAUCACCCUCUUUGAAACUGAAGAGGUGGUUGUGAUUGUCCUGGGUGUGUACCACUGUCCUCCGUGUGUUCACGUACACUCAUAAGGAAGGAAUACUUGCGCGUGCCUGUGGAUGAGUGCGUGUCUGGAGGUGUGCUCGCAGCUUUUUGCUGUUCAGAGUGCUCACGCUAAUUUGAAUCUGUGUGCAACAUGGCUUCAUUUACUGUAGAGCAAUGUUGAAGGAGGCGUACCGAUCAUCAAUAAAGUUUUUCUGUAUUUCAAAAACGA